GGUGGAUAGAAAUGCCAAAUCCAGUCUAAACAUCUGGGUGCAUCAUGCAACACGUGUAAAAAGGGCCUGGACUGACACACCGCCUCCCCCCAUGGAUGCCCCUGAGAGCUUCCCACUGAUAAUACAUUGUACUUCAGCUCUCAGGUUUAAUUUCCUCUUGAAAUAUCCACAGGGCAGAGAUGAAAUAUAUUCCUUAUGACUUUUGUGCAACUAUAUUUUAACAUUGUAUGGUGAACCUUGCAUUGUAUCUUCCAAAAGGCCAAAAUCUGGAUUCUGUACAGCUCCAUAAUCGCAGAGAAAGGAAGGGAAAAAAUAAUAUCCGAGUAAACCACAGAAGAUCUUUUUAAAAACAAUUCUGCAUCAGACUAGUUUUGAAGAAACUAAAAAGGACCUUGAAGUGUCUUGCAUGUAGGAUUUCAGUGGGGAUCCCAUGAGAAAAGCGUUUCUGACAUGAAUGUUUAUCGCACUGAAUCGGCCGGCUACCCACAGCAGCUGCUUGCUUGAAGUUAUUUUUCUGGAGAAAGGAUUCACAAUUGCUUUGCUGCUGCCUUUGAAAGGUUGCAACCAAAUGAAAGGGCCAUAUGGCUUUCUUACGAAAAAUUAAUCAGAUCCUACUAUUCCUUCUUGUUUUGACUCUCUGUGUUAUUCUGUAUAAUAAAGUUCAAAAGCUGCCAUCUGCUCUUCUGAAUAAUGAAUCCAUUGAUUUGGAGAGCACGGAAGAGAUGGAAGAAGAAAUUCCUGUUGUGAUAUGCGCUGCUGCAGGCAGAAUAGGCGCAGCAGUGGCUGCAAUCAACAGCAUUUAUACCAACACGGAUUCGAAUGUCUUGUUCUACAUAGUUGGGCUAAAGAGCAUCAUUCCACAUAUCAGGCAGUGGAUUGAAAACUCCAAACUGAAAGAUAUCAAGUUUAAAAUUGUGGAAUUCAAUCCCAUGGUGCUUAAAGGGAAAAUCAGACCAGAUGCAACACGUCCCGAAUUACUUCAGCCUCUAAACUUUGUUCGAUUUUACCUCCCUCUACUUAUCCAUGAACAUGAAAAAGUGAUUUAUCUUGAUGAUGAUGUGAUUGUACAAGGAGACAUCCAAGAUCUGUAUGACAUGAAGUUAGCCCAAGGCCAUGCUGCAGCUUUUUCAGAUGACUGUGAUCUACCUUCAACUCAUGAAAUGGUUAGAAGUGUAGGAAUGCAGAACACUUAUAUGGGGUUCCUCGACUAUCGAAAGCAAACAAUCCGAGAUCUUGGUAUAAGUCCCAGCACCUGCUCAUUUAAUCCUGGUGUCAUUGUUGCCAACAUGACAGAAUGGAAACGCCAACGAAUCACAAAGCAGUUAGAAAAAUGGAUGCAAAAAAAUGUAGCAGAAAAUCUAUAUAGCAGCACCCUGGCAGGAGGUGUGGCCACUUCUCCAAUGCUCAUUGUUUUCCAUGGAAGAUAUACAACUAUCGAUCCUUUGUGGCAUAUUCGACAUCUAGGCUGGAGCCCUGAUGCUAGAUAUUCAGAGCAUUUUCUUCAGGAGGCCAAGUUACUUCACUGGAAUGGAAGAUAUAAGCCUUGGGGCUACCCUAGUGGACAGAUUGACUUUUGGGAAAAAUGGUUUGUUCCUGACCCUUCAGGCACUUUUAAACUCAUUCGUCCUAACAGCUAAUUAUGUCAUUUAUCUUUAA